AGAUUGUGCAGACUCAGGGCACCAAAAGGAAAGUCUGUUACUACUACGACGGUGAUGUUGGAAAUUACUAUUAUGGACAAGGCCACCCAAUGAAGCCUCACCGAAUCCACAUGACUCAUAAUUUGCUGCUCAACUAUGGUCUGUACCGAAAAAUGGAAAUCUAUCACCCUCACAAGGCCAAUGCUGAGGAGAUGACCGAGUACCACAGUGAUGACUACAUUAAAUUCUUGCGCUCUAUUCGUCCAGAUAACAUGUCUGAGUACAGCAAGCAAAUGCAGAGAUUCAAUGUUGGUGAGGACUGUCCAGUGUCUGAUGGCCUGUUUGAGUUCUGUCGGCUGUGUACUGGAGGCUCUGUGGCAAGUGCUGUGAAACUUAAUAAGCAACAGACGGACACUGCAGUGAAUUGGGCUGGGGGCCUACAUCGUGCAAAGAAGUCUGAGGCAUGUGGCUUCUGUUACGUCAAUGAUAUCGUCUUGGCCAUCCUGGAACUGCUAAAGUACCAUCAGAGAGUGCUGUAUAUUGACAUUGAUAUUCAUCACGGCGAUGGCGUGGAGAGGCCUUUUAUACCACAAACCGUGUCAUGACUGUGUCCUUUCAUAAAUACAGCGAGUAAUUCCCAGGAACUGGGGACCUACAGGUGAGAACUCCCUUUAGGGGCCAACCAACUCGACUCUCCUG